AUGAUGCGGUUGUCGGAUCAGAUUUUGGGCUGUCCGAAUUGCGAUUAUAAGGCGCGCUCGUCUAAUAUGAGAAAGCACAUUGGUGCGGUACACGGGGAAGAAACAUUGAAGAAAUUUAAGGAAGCACUGGUGGCAAAGAAGGCAGCAAUUUCGGGGAGCAAAGUACAGAAAUGCGAGGUUUGCGCCCACAUUUGCCCGACGAUUGGGGGUAUGAAAACCCAUAUGAAAUUGCACAAGAGAAACGAAGCAGUGAAACCAGUGGACCCCUCUGAGGUGUCACUGUUUGAAGAGAGUGGAGAGAAGGAUGAGACGAAUGUGAUGCGUGAACCACCGAAGAAGAAAUUUCAUUGUGACGAUACCGUCUAUGACACAGUCAAUGUUUAUGGUCGUGUUACAAGACCCGCUUCCGAUGUCAACACUGUGAAGGAAAGAGAGAGAGACCGGGAGAUGAGAAUGAGAUGUCCAGUAGCUGGUUGUCUUGUGACUGUAGGAACUCGCUUAUCUCUCGUCGAACAUAUGGCAGCAAACCACGACUCUCGAUUUAACCUGGAAAAUGAUGAAUUUUAUGAUGAAAAAGCUCUGACGGUUUCUAGAAAACAGAAAGAUAACAUUAAAAAUAUGAAAUUGAUUAAGGAAUGGAUGGAUAUGAGACAAACGGAGAGCACGACUACUUUCAUCAAAAAGAAAACAGUACAGAGUGAAUCGGGCUCCACAACUUAUUAUCAUUGCCAGCACGAGGGUAAAUACGAUUCGAAAGGAACGUUGAGAUUUGGACAUGUAACGAAAAAAGAGACCGGCACCUCAUCUUGCCCAGCAUUUUUGAAAGUGUUUUCUAAUGCAGAGAAGCAAGUUUUCAAGGUGGUGGGAUGUUUUCAACAUCACGGGCACAAACAGGAGGUUGUCAAUCAGAAAUUAAAUGAAGAAGAUUUUGAAGUUUUGAAAAAGAUGAUGUUGGAUGGUUUCACAAAUAAACAAAUUUUACACAAACUAGUAAAGACUUACAACGAAAACCAUCGACUGUUCUUCUCGACUCCAGAUGACUUGUCUAAUCUUCGUAAGAGAGAGCUUCUCUUUCCCGGACGCCGUCAUGAUAAUGACUUAGAAUCGAUUCUUCUGCGCGUGAAUGAGAGCAAUGAUUCUGAUGGCAUCCGAUUGUACAAUCCACCUGAAAAUGCAUCUGGUGAAGGGUUUCGUUUGGUAAUUAUCACGCCUCAACAGAUAGAUCUCAUAAAGAAAUAUUCGCACCGUGGUAUCACAAUGGACGACACUCACCAUUGUACUACUUAUAGGCUGAAAUUGAGUACAAUGUUAGUAUGCGAUGGAUAUGACAGGGGAGUACCAGUUGCUUUCCUACUUUCUUUCUCCACAACUACGAUCGAUGUGGAAAAAAUGUUCGAAUGUGUGAAAGUUUUGUUUCCACAGUUUAAUCCUCAAUUCGUCAUGUCGGACGAAGCCUACGUGUUUUAUAAUGGAUUUUCCAACGUUUUCCCUGGAUCCCAUGCUCGAAAAGUAUUGUGCCGCUGGCAUAUUUUCAGAACUUGGAAAAAGAUGGCGAAGAAUACAUUGAAUGAGUCUUCUUUGCUGAAAUUAUUGCCGAAAUUACGAGAACUCCUAAGAGAGCCAGUGAAAGAGCACUUCAAUAGAAGAAUCACAGAAAUUCUGCAUUUCCUGGGGAGCUUGGAGGGAAAAAAAGGAGAGAUUUUUGCCGAUUAUUUCAGAUCUCGAUAUCUCGAUCGAGUCUCCGAAUGGUCCACCACCGAAAGAGAAGGAAUCAUCUUUCAUACAUCGAUGUACGCCGAGUCGUGGCAUUCCAUGCUGAAAAAAGAAAUUCUCGAUGGAAAGACAAAAAUUCGCGUUGAUACCUUAGUUAAUCAGCUCUACAACGCGGUAGAAUGGGUGGCUCGUAAACUGGCAAAGGGAAUUCCACGUUUGGCGAAAAAUCACAGACACUGUAGAACCGCAGCGCUCGAGCUUCGUCAUUACGUCGUCAUCGAAGAACAGGCUGAAUUCGAUGGAGAGCGGGCUUUCAGAGUUGGAAGAGUGGGUACAGACGUUGAGAAGAUGUACAUUGUAACUGAGAAACCAUCGUGCUUGUGUCUGAAAGAAGAAAACACGCAUUGUAGUUGCGGUGGUUGCGGUUACAGACAUCUGUGCACAUGUCUUAAUCAAGAAGCGGGUGUAUGCUGCAAGCAUAUCCAUAUGGCUCUCCGCACAAUUGAAUCAGAAGUUGAAGUUUUUGAAAUCGAUGGCUCCGACGUUAUGACUCGCACAUCAUCUCCAGAUCUCUCCGUUCCUCAUCGUCCCAUUAAUCCACCUCCGAAAUCGAUUCAGCCUGCUGCCACAACUGAAAAAGAUAAUGUUUUGCAGAAAUUAGAACAACUUAUUGGUGCUCACUCCACAUUGGAGGAGUAUCUUCGAAAGAAACUCGCCACUGACCCUGAUGGAGCUGCUUCAGAGAUUCAGAAUGCCCUCGACGCCGUCCUCCCUCUCCUUCCAUCCAAUCAGCCAGCUCUCCCUCUUCGUAGACACGCUUCGCAUUCGUUGACUGCUCGUCAAACAAUGAAUGAGCACUUAAAGCUAGAGGUUUAUUAUUUCUUAGAUUACUAUUAA